CAGCCUCGAGCCGCCAGGAAGCAGAGCCCGGCCCCGCGCAGCGCCGCCGCAGCAGUUCCCGGAGGGAUGGCCCAGCUGCUGCCCAGAGCGUUCUGGUGGCCACUGCUGCUGCUGCCCCUGAGCCAGGCUGCUCCCAAGGAUGGAGUCACGAGGCCGGAACCGGAAGUGGAGCAUCAGCCCCUGCCCAACCCCUUCCAGCCCGGCCAGGAGCAGCUCCGACUGCUGCAGAGCUACCUGAAGGGACUGGACAGGAUGGGAGAGGAGCCAGAGCACAUGAGCAGGGAGCAGGUUCUCCUCUACCUCUUUGCCCUGCACGACUAUGACCAAAGUGGACAGCUGGAUGGCCUGGAGCUGUUGUCCAUGUUGACAGCAGCUCUGGCCCCUCAGGCUGCCGACUCUCCUAACACCAACCGGGUCAUCCUGGUCGUGGACAAGGUGCUGGAGACCCAGGACCUGAAUGGGGAUGGGCUCAUGACCCCCGCUGAGCUCAUCAACUUCCCAGGGGAGGCACCCAGUCACGGAGAGCCCAAAGAACCCCUUGCUCCAGCUCCCCAAGAACCCCUGUUAGCUCAAAGCCCAUCGAGACAAGAAACACAGGAAGCUGUGGAACCCAGGGAAGAUGCUGCAGGCCAGACAGAAGCUGGAGGGGAGUCCUUGCAGCCGGCCCAGGAGGCAGCGGGCCAGGCAGAGGCUGAAGAGGAUGUCCCAAGUCCUGGAGGACAGGCAGAGGCCAGGAACAGUGACGAGGACGCCAGGGGGCUCCCCGGGCAGACGCUGGACUCCAAGGGCGCCCCACAGGAGCUGGAGGCGCACAGCAUCCAGCUGGAGAAUGAUGAGAUGUAGACCCCAAGGACACCGCUCGCAGCCCUCGGCGUCCCGAGCCCCGAAAAGUGGGACGAGGACCACAUCCGUGUCCCCUCUCUGGCCCCUGCGGGUGGCAGGUCUUUCUGUGUGGCUCAGGGAGAGCCUACAUUUAGGGCCCAGGCAAUCAAUA